AGAACGGAAUAAGACAGGAGUAUCGGCAAGGAGCUCUGUUCAGUAACCUUGUCAUUCAGUCAAUUUGAACCAGAGUAUGGCCAGUGCUUUGAAGUAUUUGUUUCUGUUCCUCACACUUGGAAUUCCUAUAUAUGAGUUUGCAGCGGUAUUCCAAGAUGCCACGUGUGUCCCAGAUGAACAUGUCCCAUGUUUUGAUCUGAGUGUGGUGGCGAAAAUUGCCAAGGAUGUCAGCAAGGUUGUGAUAGCAGCAGAUGGCAAGAACAUCCUCCUGAAGCACAAUUUCUUUGACAAAAUUCGUAAAAAGAAAGAACUUCAUAGCUGUGUCCUGCACAAAAUCAUUGACCUCUUUCAAGAUGUUCUUGUUGAGACACAGAGGAGAUCAUUUGAACAGCACAUAGGAGAAAUUAACCAUCAUGAGCUGAUAUACAUCAUGGAUCAACUCAGGAACUGCGUGUAUAAGAUUAAAAAAGGAUGUGAUUAUCUAUAUCAGAAAGCUGACACAACACAAAAUUUAAAGGUUUCUAAAAAUUUGAGGCCAAAACAGGUAGCCAUCUUACAGCUACAGAAACUUAUGUAUGCAAGUGAGAGGAUUGAAGAUGUGAAUAUCCAGGAUAGGGUCAUGGAUGAGCUGAAAUUGCUCCAUUUCUACAUGCAUGGAAAAGGCUUCCGGGAAAAUAGGAGUGACUGAGGAGAGACAUGACAUUCCAUGAAUGCAGGGCUAAAAUGUGUUACUUAUUUGUCACAACUCUGCCAAGAAACGUUAAGACGUACAUAAAUGCAAGGAUGCAUGCAAAGAACCAAGAAUGUCAUUCACUGUAUCCGUCCAAAGGGCAAAAUACCAAGUCUACUCAGGUUUCUAAUAAGAGUCUACUCAUGUUUCUAAAAAGAUAUCUUAGUUUUAUGAUCAAAUGUUCAGAUAUUCAAGCUUUUUAGUGCAAAUAUCUUUAAAUAUUUAAAUAUCAUUUUUCUAAAGUAAUGAGUAUUUAAAAAUUAAAUGUAUAUUGCUUAUGUACUUUCGGUGAAAGAUUGAGUGUACUGCAGUAAACGCAGGUGAGAAAAUAGUAUAUUCAUAUCUUUUUUAAAUGACAACACAAAAUACAUGUUUUCCUUUGUAAUGUUUUUUAUUGCAUUAAUUUGUCUGCUCAGUAAAACCUUUUUGACAUCUGUGUCUAUGUAUUUGCUUAUGUGUGUACACCCAUGUGCACUACAUGGCCAUUUCUAAUUAACAGGUUUGGCAAUUUCAGCUGCAUCUAUUUUAGUAACGUGCAUAAAAUCAAGCAUGUAACCAUGCA